CUGAUAGCAGAUGCCUCGAGAUUUGUCAAGAUCACGGUCUCGCUCGCCUUCAUAUAGGCAUAGACAUUCUCCAUCUCCCGUAAGGCAUAGGCAUGGGAGGAGGAGCAGGAGGGAUGGAAGCCGGUCACCGUAUUCUUAUAGCAGGUGAUCCCGUUUAUACUCAUUCUGUUUAUGUUGAUUUGUUAACAUACAAGAUGCUGCUGUAAGGAAUUUUGUAAGAAAGGUUGGAACUCUGGAAUUUGUUUUCGGGUUGGAAUUACAAAUUCUUCAAGUUUUUGUAAGCUACUUAUUUGUACAUCUUUUGGUGCUCCUUCGGAUUUACUGGAAAGACUAUGUAGCUUGCUUUCUGUUUACAAUUAUGGUUGCUUUUCUAGAAUUGGAACCCAGACAAGAAUUUGAUAUGGAGUGGCAAUUAGAUUUUUGAAUGCACCAAAUGGAAAGUGCUGCUGCAGCCUGCAGUUGAGGGUGUGCUGUUGGCAUUUGUUAGACUGGUGUUUUCAGUGUCAUUCACAUUGCAGUUUAAUCUUUUGGUUGUCUAUGUUUUGUUAUGUGUCUGGCACUUUUCUGUUCAGAAGGCAUCACUGCCUGACUUUCUUGAGUACCUUCAACAUUAUAGAUUUGAGUUAAUGACCACUUGCAGCUGAAAUUAUUCCAAUAAAGUUUGAUGGUGUAUUAUUCAAUAUCUUCUAUGAGUUAAUCGACAUCUCAGUGAGCAUUUAACAUGCGAGGAAUGUUCAUUUUGAUUGGGAAAAUGGAAAUGUCAAAUAUGCUAAUUACAAAAACACUUGGAGCAAUGUAUAGAGAAGUCUAUGAAAGUGAUAGGAAGCAUGCUCUUCAUUAAAACAUUAAAGACAAAGUUUCCUCCCAUCACUUGACAUGGGAAGUGAGCAGGUGAUGGGUGCAGAUGGGUUCCUUUUGUGGCUUGAAUGUAACCAUAUCUUCUUCAUGUGAUAAAUGAUGGAGCUCAAUGCUUAUCUUAACAAUGUAUGAGAAGAAAGAGUCGUUCCAUUAGUCCGCGGCACUACAAAAGCCGUUCUCCAACUGCAAGACGCCAUAAAAGUCGUUCUUCGACUCCAAUGCGUUAUAAGAGGCAAAGAAGUAGGAGUUCUUCAUUGUAUCCUACUCAUAAAUCAUCUAACCCAAACCUUGGGUCAAUAGACCACAAAAAUGCUAGUGAGAAACUGAAAAAAGAAGAGGAGAGGAAAAGGCGUCAACAAGAAACAGAAUUAAAACUCAUAGAAGAAGAGACUGCGAAGAGAGUGGAAGAAGCAAUUCAGAAAAAAGUCGAAGAGUACUUGAACUCUGAGGCAAUCAAGCAGGAAAUUCAGAAGCGAUUAGAGGAGGGACGGAGAAGUCUUAACCACGAAGUUGCUGCUCAACUUGGAAGAGAGAAGGGAGCGGCCCUUCUUGAGGCUAAGCAAAAGGAGGAACAAUCUCGAAAAGAGAAAGAGGAGUUAGAAAAGAUGCUCGAAGAGAACCGGAAGAGGGUGGAAGAAGCUCAGAGAAGAGAGGCACUGGAACAGCAGAAGAGGGAGGAGGAAAGAUAUUGGGAAUUAGAGGGGCUUCAAAGACAAAAGGAAGAGGCUAUGAAGAGGAAGAAGCAGCAGGAAGAGGAGGAACGUUUAAAUCAAAUGAAAUUACUGGGAAAAAACAAAUUGCAUCCGAAGUUGUCUUUCGCUCUUGGUUCAAAAUGAUCGAAUCGAAGUUGCUGGCUUGGGGGUUCAAACUCGUAGCUUGGGGCUUAAUUCGCAUUUUGCCAGUGCCACUCAGCUUGAUAAGAAGGAAGCUCUGAGACUGGUUCAAAUGGAAGAUCUGCCAUUUUGUGCUUUUUUGGUUUGGUUUGUUAAAUUACGAUUUAAUUAGGGUUAUUAUGUUCAUCAAAUAUUGAAUGCAAAACAUGCUUUGUUCCUUAAAAUAUUAAUAUUAUUCUAUUUCUCUUGAUUCAA